AUGGACUUCGGCUACGACGAGUAUGGAAACCGCACCAGCGCCAGCAACGGCGAUGGUAGGGGGGGUGAAGAAGGCAGAUCCGAAUGGCGCUCUGUUCAGGAGUCGCGAGGCAGCUCCAAGUCCAGGUCGCGCAGUGCCGAGGAGGACGCUCACGGUCGACCUCUCGACAGAAGUGAUUCGGGGAGCCACUCCGACUUCAGUGACGAUGUCGAACUUGUCAUUGGUGAGGAGGGCACACAGGCGCUGCACGAGCCACUGGUGGACCAGAGCGAGCUGCAGUCGCACGGGCGCCGAGCCGUGGGCUGGAGCAAUGAAGCGCAGUUCUUGCUGGAGAACCGCUAUGCCGGGCGGGAAGGCACAGCGUCUUCACAGCUGGUACUGCUGGACGGCGAUCGUCAUCACCAACGGCCACACAGCGCGUCGGCUUCGCAGAACUACCUAGACGUUCUCUCCACCCUACCCGACCGCAUGCGGAACGUCGUGGUUGCUGGCUCCCUCCACCAUGGCAAGACGUCGCUGGUCGAGCUGCUGCUGCACGAGCGUUCGUACCACAAGCGACAGGAUGAGGUUGAUCGAGAGAUGACAUUGAAGAGCCACGUGCUGACCAUCAUCACUGGGGGCGCGGAGCUGCAGCCGACUUCUCGGCAAAUCACGGUCAUUGACACUCCGGGACAUCCGGAUCUGAUUGGUGAGACCGCGUCCGGCAUGCGUCUUGCGGACGCCGUUCUGUUCUGUGUCGACGCGGCAGAGUCGUUGAGCGACCACAGCGAGCGGCUGCUGCGCCACGCCAUUGUAAAUGAGCAGUUGCCGAUUGUCCUUGUCAUUACCAAGGUGGACCGUCUCAUGAUCGACAUCAAGCUACCACCGCUCGACGCGUACCGCAAGCUGCGCAUGGUCGUGGAUGCUGUCAACAACGUCAUCGCGAGCUGUGGCACCACGUAUGACGCCUUCCUUGUAUCCCCUGAGCGUGGCACGGUGUGCUUCUCUUCUGUCAAACUUGGCCUCUGCUUUUCACUGGAGACGUUCGCGAUGAAGUACGCGGCGGCGUACCCACGCAUCAACGCCGCUGCGCUCGCGACGAAGCUGUGGGGGCAAACCACAUAUGAAAAGAAGGAAUUCAAGAAGAUUGUUAACUUCCGUCAGCGCCCCAGUUUUGUGCAGUUCGUGCUGGAACCACUCUACAAAAUCGUCGCGCACUCGGUGACGGGCGAGGCAGCGCAGACCCUCUCGCCUGACCUCGCCAAGCUGCCUCGCUCGCCGCUCUCGGCGCUGCAGGAGGCAAUGCGCUACUUCUGCGGCGCCCCUACCGGAGAGACCUUGGAUGCAAUCCUCAGUGUGUUGCCGGCACCUCCGGCUCGUUCGCGGUGGCUCUCCGAGAAGUACGGCACAAGUGCGUUGUGCUCUAUGAGAGACGCUGCCGCUGCCGCCGCUGAGGGGAAGGAGGGUGGCGCCGCUACAGCGAGGGCCGACGACCUUGUCAUCGCUGUCGCAUCUCUCCAGCGUGUCUUCGAAGCCAAGGAUACCCUGGCAGCCGUCGUGCGCGUCACGUACGGCACUCUGCGUGUAAACAGCAGGAGCAAGAGCAAGGGCGCAUGGGUGUCGAGUAGCUGCAACGGUGGCCAGUCGAGACUCCGGCUAAUCGCCUUUGACGAGUUCAGCAGUGACGCGGACCCGUACUAUGAGGUGGAGGUACAGGGUCUGUACCUGCGUACUGUGGAAGAUGGCUUUGUGCCGGUUCAACGAGCCACCGCGGGGCAGACGGUGUACGCGACGGGCUUGCCGGCGCGAUCGGGGUCGCACAUUGUUCUGGUGGGCGGCGCCGCGGCGGCAGCCGUGUUGGCCGAGGACGAAGGCGCUCCCGCUCCUCCCGAAGCUUGCGGCAUCACUUCAGAGUGGGUUGUACCCAUCAAGGUGCGCUCGUUGGGGUUCCCGCAGCCACUGCUGCACGUCUCGAUGGAGGUGCGCGACCCAGCGAAAGCCAGCAGUGUCCAGGACGGUCUCGGCGUGCUGCUCCGCACCUCCCCUGGUCUCGACGUACACAAAGAGGAAACUGGCGAGUACACGAUCAGCGGCUUUGGGGAGCUGCAGCUGGACACAGCGCUGCACGAACUCCGCCAUGGUCUGUGCCCUAGCGUGCCGGUCGGUAUUUCGCAGCCGUUCGUGACGUUCGCAGAGACGGUGCAAGACGCGGAAGGCCUGCUGGCCAUGACGGGAACGCGCAACAACUCCGUCGGCUUUGUAAGCGGGGCACUGCCACGCACUUUCACGCAAGCAAUCGAGUACGAGCAGCUGCGCCUCUUCUCGACGGAGCUCGACGAAGACCGUCAGCCGCGUAAGCUGUGGACGAUAUUGCGACGUGACUACGGCUUUGACGCGCUCGACGCGCAGCACGUGCUAGCUGCUGGGCCGGACGGCACGAAGGGGCCCAGCAUUCUCAUUGACGACACCUUGGCAGAGGAGGCCCAUCACCCUCUCAAAGCCGCCCACCAGCGUGCUGUCGUCUCGGCCUUCCGUUCCACUAUGGCGGCCGGCCCUUUGGUGGGUGAGAUGGUCCGCGGCGUGGCCGCAAAGCUUAUCUUUGCCGACAUUGACGCAUCGACCCGUGACGCCGUCGUCCUCUCGAACGCGCGCACGGCACUCCGUCACUCUCUGUUUGGUGCCCGCCCUCGACUGAUGGAGCCGGUGAUGGCUGUUGAGAUCUUGUGCGCACCCGAGUGUGUCGUACAGCUCGGCGACAUCCUGCAGCAGCGACGUGGCGCGAUGCUCGGCGAAGAGCCUAUCGCCGCCACAACCCUUAUCCGAGCACACGCGUUGGUACCUGCCAUGGACAGCUUUGGUCUGGAGACGCAGAUACGCAUGCUCACGCACGGGCAGGCUUUUCCGCUCUUCCGGUUUCAUCAGUGGGACGUCGUUCCAGGAGACCCGUUCGACGCCAGCAUCCACGUUGGCCCGCUGGAGCCGGCGAGGGGUCAUCAGCUGGCGCGCGACUUUGUGCUCAAGACGCGCUUUCGCAAAGGUCUGCCGCAGAACAUGCUGACGGACCUCUAG